AUAAACUAAAAGACAACAAUAAUAAAUUGACAAUACAAGAAAGAAAAAAUAUUUAAAAUUUAAUCAGACGAUCACAUCCACAAUACACAUUAAAAUCAUCUUUUACCACAGUAGGAAACUGUUGAUAGCGGGGACCACACGCCGGGAACACAAAACAAACUUAACGAUUACGCAACCAACAAUAUGAACUUUGCUGGCAAAGUAGUUUUGAUAACAGGCGCUAGUUCGGGCAUAGGAGCCGCCGCUGCCGUUAAAUUUGCCAAGCUGGGAGCCAUACUUACACUAAACGGACGUAAUGUUGAAAAUUUGGAAAAGGUGGCCAAACAAUGUGAGGAAGUGGGUAAAUCAAAGCCUCAAUUAGUAGUGGGUGAUAUUUCUAAAGAGUCGGACACCGCCAAAUUGUGGCAAGAUACCUUAAAGCAUCAACACAAACUGGAUGUUUUGGUUAAUAAUGCCGGCAUUAUUGAGACAGGCAGCAUCGAAACCACUAGUCUAGAACAAUAUGAUCGUGUUAUGAAUACCAAUCUACGUUCCAUGUAUCAUCUAACCAUGUUAGCUACUCCAGAAUUAAUCAAAACUAAAGGCAAUAUUGUUAAUGUAUCAAGUGUUAAUGGUAUACGCUCUUUCCCUGGAGUCUUAGCCUACAACAUUUCUAAAAUGGGUGUAGAUCAAUUUACACGCUGUGUUGCUUUAGAAUUGGCUGCCAAGGGUGUGCGUGCCAAUUGUGUUAAUCCUGGUGUGACCGUUACUAAUCUACAUAAACGUGGCGGCAUGGAUGCUGAAACUUAUGCCAAAUUUUUGGAACACUCCAAAAACACUCAUGCCUUAGGACGUCCCGGUACGGCUGAUGAAGUUGCUAAUGCCAUUUGUUUCCUUGCCAGUGAUUUGGCUACUUUUACUACUGGUGUCAGUUUGGCGGUUGAUGGUGGACGCCAUGCUAUGUGUCCCAGAUAAAGAGGGUGAAAUUGCUUAUCGAUAUUUUUGCAUUUAUUUUUUGAAUAUUCUCUUUAUUUGGUUAAAAGGUUAAAUAAAUAAAGUGUUUAUUUUCUGUAAAGGAAAUCUA